AUGACCCUCCCGGAACCGAUCACGACCGCCGCCCUCGUCCUCCACGAGCUCCACGGCCCGCUCGUCUGGGAAACGCUGCAGAUCCCCACCCUCGCGCCCGACGAGAUCGCCGUCGACAUCCACGCGACGGGCAUCUGCCACACGGAUCUGAUGCUCAUGAGCGGCGAGCUGCCCACUCGCCAGCCGGGCGUCUUCGGACACGAAGGAGCAGGAAACGUCCGCCAAACCGGCGCCGCCAUCACGCACGUCCGCGCCGGCGACCGCGUGCUCCUCUCCUUCGACUUCUGCGCGCACUGCGCAAACUGCACCGCCCGGCACCCGGCCUACUGCGCCGCGUUCCCGCUGCUCAACACAGCCGGCCACCGCGCCGACGGCUCCUCGCCCCUGCAGACCGCCGGCGGCGGGGCGGUCUACUCCAAGUUCUUCGGGCAGUCGUGCUUCAGCCGCGUGGCGGUGGUGGGGGGCCGCUGCGCGAUUCCGGUGUCCCACGACGUGGAUCUGAGGGUGUUGGCGCCGCUGGGGUGCGGGAUGCAGACUGGGGCGGGGGCGGUGGUGAAUGUGCUCGGCUUGCAGCGGGGGCAGAGCGUGGCGGUGUUUGGGACGGGGGCUGUGGGGCUCGCGGCGGUUAUGGCGGCGAGGAUUGUGGGCGCCGAGGUGAUUGUUGCGGUGGAUGUGAGGGAGGAGCGGUUGCGGUUGGCCAGGGAGCUGGGGGCAACGCAUACCGUUGAUGCUGCGCUGGGGGAGGGGGUGGUCGCGGCGAUUCAGGCGGUGACCGGCGGGCUGGGCGUGCAGUUCGCGGUCGAGUGCUCGGGCGUGCCGGCGGUGGUGCCGCUGAUGCUGGCGGCGCUGCGGGCGCGCGGCCGCGCGGUCUCCGUGGGCGCGGCGGGCAUCGCGGAGGAGGUGCGCUUCAAUCUGUUUGCGCAUCUGAUGGGCGGGAAGGAGUAUGUCGGUUGUGUGGAGGGGGAUGUCUAUCCGCCGGAGUUUGUGCCAUGGCUGGUGGAGCGGUAUUCCCGCGGCGAAUUCCCCGUCGAUAAGCUGGUCAGGGUGUACAAGGUCCGGGAUCAUGAGGAGGCGUUUGCAGAUGUCCGUGAGGGGAAGGUGAUCAAGGCGGUGCUGGAUUGGACGGAGUAG